GUGGCGUGAGGGUAGCGGUAGCAGUUCAACAGUAGCUAGCAGGUAGAAAAUAAACGAACGGAAAGGUGAGAGCGAAGAUAAUCCUCUGGGAGAAGGAUGGAUGUUAUUAAGGACAACUGAUCGAUCGGUGUCCACUUUUCAGUGAAGAAAAAAUGUCCAGUAGAAGUCAGCACUAUGGGUUUCAGUCAGCCACCAUGGUGCAGCCUGCCAAUGGCGGUCAUGCCUAUCUCUUUGGAAACAAUGGCUCAGAGAAUGACCUGUCAGAGGAGGAUGGGGAGAUCUAUGAGCUGCGGCCUCGUGGCAGAGAGAGGCUGCGGAGGAGCACCUCCAGAGAGAGGAUGGACGAUAUUAUCUACCUGACCAGAGAUAUCCAGGAGGGUGACACUCUCAACAGCAUUGCCCUGCAGUACCAUUGCUCAGUGGCUGACAUUAAGCGUGCCAACAACCUCUUGACAGAGCAGGACUUUUUUGCCCUGCGUUCAGUCAAGAUUCCUGUGAGGCGCUUCAGCAUGCUCACUGAGACUCACAGCACUGGAUCUCUUAAAUCUGCCUCCCCCUCAGGUGCCAGGCGCCUGCCUCAGAUCUCACCCAUUACCUCCCUCCCCUCUGAGUCCUCCACAGAUUCGUCUUCUUCUACUGACAGUGUGGAAGGAUUCCUCUUGGAAAAAGACAAGGACAUUGAGCGGCUAGUGAAAUCCACAGGCCCAUCUCGGAGCAGCCUGAAUGAGGUUGUUUCCUCCUUAACACUGCAGCAGCAGCAGCAGCAGCCACUGUUAGCAGAAGUAGAGUAUAAACCAGCGCAGAGAAAGGACCCUUAUUAUGGGGCUGACUGGGGCAUGAGAUGGUGGACAGCAGUGGCCAUCAUGCUGGUUGUUGGUAUCGUCACGCCUGUGUUUUAUCUGCUGUACUAUGAGGUUCUCGUGAAAGCUGACGUCAGCCAUCAUGGCAUUCCCACACAAGCUCCUGACAACGUACUUCAUAAUUUGGAACUUCACGCUGGAGAAGACAAGCUUGCAGAGGCUGGACCUUUACGUCCCGCUGUAAAUGCAGCUGUUGGAGAUCCACAGGGACCCGGUAUGGACAAAGCAGGGAACAGUGAACACGGAGGGCAUGAGAAAACAUAGCAAGGGAUUUUUAACUUUUACAAAAUUUGUUGCUAACUCAGAGACCUAAUAAAACUGGGUGGAUGCUCCCGU